GAGGUAGGGGAAAUUGCGUCACGGGUCACCAGGAUGGCGAUUGGCAGCAUAGCAAGCGAGUACUGUGGAUUUUUUGAACAUAUAUAAUAAGUUUUUCAAUCGUUAUUAUGGUGAUCUAUUGCACUCCGGGCUGCUGUCAACUGAUUAACAGUGCUGAAACAGAUUAUAUUUAGACUGAAACCAGUGCGGAGGUUGACAUCAUCAGAGAUGCGUGCCAGUAGUCGGUUUCUGUGUCGCGAUGCCGCGUCGUCCCUGCUCCUUGCUCACGAGCCGAGGCCGCCACCCCAGCGCCCCCUGUCGAGGAUUCCCGCGACCUCGCAACGCGGCUCGACGCCGCCGCCGCCCUCCCUCUGUCCGCGGCGGCACUUCUUCAAGCUGCCGUCGCUGCCCUUUGGCGGCAAGCGGAAGGACUACUCAGAACAGCGUAUCCUCGGUUACUCGAUGCAGCAGAUGUACAAUGUCGUCGCCGACGUCGACAAAUACCCGGAGUUUGUGCCGUGGUGCACAGACGCGACCAUCGCGAACCGCACCAGCCGACACUUCAACUGCAUGAUGGAGAUCGGUUUCCAUCCGCUGAUAGAGCGAUACAACUCCGUCGUGACUGUGGUGCCCCCGAACCUCGUGCGCUCUGUCUGCACAGACGGGAUGCUGUUCAACCACCUGGAGACGACAUGGCGGUUCAGCCCCGGUAUCCGCGGCAAUGACAGCAGCUGCCGGCUCGAAUUCUCGCUGUCAUUUGAGUUCCGCUCGGUGCUUCACUCGCACCUGUCUUCCGUGUUCUUCAACGAAGUCGUCAAGACGAUGGUCCGCUCGUUCCUGCGACGCGCGAGAGCCCUCUACGGAGAGGCCAGCAUCGUCGAUCAUCGUCGCCCGACCGUCGUCUCGCGGUCUUGACCUCACCGGCGCCCUCUAUAAACCUCCCCUGUCACGCGAGAAUUGUAUGUGGCGUCGACUCGGCGGAGAGCACGUUAGCGAAUUAGGGUUUGAACAUCAGCGUUGUUGCUAGGUGGCGCUUGCAGCCAUUAGUAGUGCCAGUUUACUGGGCGAGUCAUGCACUGUGAUCAUGUGCGCACAAACUGCGCCGGUCAGGUGGCGGCAGGUCAUGCCUACGUGCCAAUGUUAGGAAAUUAAACUGUAAUCUAUACAAAUAAGUUUUUCAGUUUAUUGAAUAGGUAAUGUACGUACGAUGCUAGUUGUGUUUUUGCCGUGCGACUAGACACACAGUAUACAUUGUGUUUGCAUAUGAAUCGGAUGAAAAUCCCAAAUUAUGAAAUGGGAGAUGGCGAAACCGAUUCUUUAUUAUACACUACUGCCAUUACUCAGUAAUUUACUGUUAUUUAUCUAGAUGGGUUGAUAUAUAAAUUAUCACACACUGCAA